AUGGAGUUAAUUGGUAGGGUAAACGAACUGGAGGAAUUGCAAAAAGAGUUCAACUCAAAAAAUGUAUUUGCUAUAUAUGGAUUGCGUUCUGUUGGCAAAUCUCGGCUUGUGGAGACUUUCCUACAUCAAAUCUCAUGGAGCAGCAUUAGAAUAGACAUGAGAAACAUGAAGAGUAUGCGACCUGUGUAUAUGUCCUUAAUUGAACGGCUAAUGCAAGAUAGUAUUUCGGUUAAAGGCUUUCCAGGAAAACCAGACAUUCUUACUGAGGACUGGUUGACAUGUAUUCAGAGAAUUGUCAAUGAAGGCAUGGUAAAACCUACAAAUAUUGUUUUAGAUAAUGCUGAAGACGUGAUAGAGACAGAGGAACUAGCAAAGGAAUUCUGUCAGCUAUGUCAGGCGCUAACGGCUACCAACAGGAACAUCAAGGUCUUUAUAACAUCAACAACUGAAAUAACCUUUGAAGUAAACAGCAUGAUCUCCUUAUUUCCCCUUCAUCUGAAACCCUUAGAUGACGAAAGUUCAUCUCAGCUUCUCACGAGUUAUGCACCAUCUGUUAACUUUGGAUCCAACAUGGCGACAAUUAUUGAACUCUGUGAAGGUCUACCGCUUGCUCUGUUGAUGACGUCGUCAAUCCUUGAGGACGAAGAAACAUUAUUUUCUAUCGACGACAUGGUUCAUCUUCUUCGUUUAAGUCGUUUAGAAAUUCUGAGUUCAUCAAUGUACCAUCGAAAGGAAAGGAUCGCUGUUGUCUAUGGUGACUUCCUUCAGCGACUGUCCGUACCGCUGCGUCAGGACCUAGCUAACAUAAUAUAUAUACCCGGAUCAUUCACGGACUCUCAGGCGAGCGCCAUGAUUGGAAAGGCAUGCAACAAAGAAACCCACACGACCACGAUACGACCAAUAAUGAGACGAAACAUCAUGUAUUACAACAAAAGUACAGAUCGAUUUGACGUGCACAGGAUAUUGCGAGAUUGCGCAGCAAUGUAUCUGGAGGUAAAGAAUAUAUCAGAAACAAGGAAACGAUUUUGUCAGAUAUUCGCUAGUCUGAUAAUCGGAAUCAGUGAGAAGGUAGACUCUUCGGAGUACCUGGAUGGACUUUGUCAGUACAAUCUAGAACGUCAGAACUUUCAGAAACUCCUCACUGACGUCAUCUACACCACUGAGGACACCUACAGUCUUUAUAUUGAAGUGGCCCUCAGGGCGACACACGUCAUUCAGAGCUUCAUAAUUGAGUAUGAUUUCAAGUUCUACACGGAGCUGUUACGAAUGUGUCAUGACAACAAAAACUAUGUGGAUGAAGCGCGUAUCCAGAUUCAAUACGGAAGUGCUCUCACCAAUGUCCAGGUACACUUAGUGUGGGAGGUUGAUAUCACCAAUGUCCAGGUACACUUAGUGUGGGAGGUUGAUAUCACCAAUGUCCAGGGGGAUUUGAAAACCGGCGAAAACAAGUAUAUGAUGGCUGUACAAUUUCUUGAGAUGAACUCGGUCAAAGGUUCUACACGUGACCUCCGCUUACCAACGGCCUUGGCCUAUCAGAGAAUGGGAUGGAACCUCGGGUGUCAAGGUCGAUGUCAAGAAGCUUUAAGAUAUCUCUACAAAGCUUUGCAGGUGGAACAAGAUCUUAAAAUGUAUUAUGAAGAACUUGCCAUGUCAACAAUACAAAGUUUGUCUAUCUUCCAUGUCACCUCUGGUAACAUAAAAGAAGGGAUCAAACUAAACCAGGAAGCUUUGAGAAGAAGAAUUGCUCACUAUAAAACAGAACACCAUCCGUAUGUUGUUUCUUGUAUCAACAAUUUGGGAAUUGCUUACAGAAAAUUAGGCCGUGAAGAAGAAGCUCUUCAUUGCUUUCAAAGAGCGCUGAUUCAAGAACAAGCCACCAAAGCUGAGCCGAAAUCCAUCGCGAUAUCACAGAAAAAUGUAGCUUGGUCUUUAACGGAAUUUGGUAAGCACAGCGAAGCACAGAGAGUGAUCACGGAGGCAUUUUACAUCUUGAACAAGACGCCGAAUUUAUACUUAGAAAUCCGAUGUCAUUGCCAUACUACACAGGGGAGAAUAUUUAGAAAUUUAGGAAAAGAUGAAGAGGCAAUAAAACAAUAUAAGACAUCUCUCAAAAUAAUGAAAAGACAUGCACCUUCGCUGAUAGACGAGUGUAUGUGUCAUUUAGAAAUAGCUUUACUACAAAUUAAAACAAAGAGGUAUGGCACAGUUCUGAAAAGGUUGGACAAAGUGUUCAGAUUAGGCACUGAGCUGAUUUUAGAACAUCCCACCUCCGACAUUUUAUUUAACUCCUAUAUCGUAGCCAUAGAAUGUCACGCAGCAGAACAAGACAUGGUAAUGUUCUCGCUCCGAAGUAAUUACGUUAGCAGAGAGGUCGACAGGCUAAUGCAAGUGUGUAAGGAAUUUGAACUUGAAGACAAGAUUGCCACUCUUGAAAAACGUCAACAGGAACUGCAAGAAAAAGUGCGGGAUAUGAAAAUGACAAUAGGAUUAAAAGUUUGA